CUAAGUGCAGACAAACACUGUGCAGCUGAUCCUGAAGAAGCCGGACCCGUGCCCUUCACAACAGCAAACAUGGCGACUGCCACCAAAAUUAUCCAAAGGUUGAGAAAUCUCCUGUCUGGGCAUGAUCUGCAAGCCAAACUUCAACUGCGAUAUGAGGAGAUAGCCAAGAGGACACAGCCUCCACCUAAAUUACCUGUUGGUCCAAGUCACAAGUUUGCAGACAACUACUACUACACUAGAGAUGGGCGCAGAGAAUCAGUACCCCCCACAGUCGUCAUGUCAACACAGAAGGCUCUCACUCCUGGCAGUCAAGCAGCUGAAGUCCCUGCAAAGCAUCCUGUCACCCCAGGCCAAGUGUAUGUGCCACCUCCACUGUCUACAGACCAGCCAUACCUCUGAUCAGACUGGUGAAAAAUCUGUCUUCUAAGUUUCUGUAUAAAAAUGUGAAUAAAAUGUUAUAUGUACAUUU